GAGGGAACUAAGUAUGACAGGUCCACCACUUUCCGUUGAUUUCCCAGCUCGAUGUAUUUGAUCUGAGCCAUUCGAAACCCUCCAUAUCCUUCAGAAAUGCCAGUGGAAGCCACUCACCCGACAAACCCAUUUUCCUUUGACGAUGACGACGAAGGAUGGCAGGAAAUGCCAGUCAUCAAAGAGGAUGACUUCGGAGGCGGUCUUGACGAAGAAGAUCAGAAGAAAUAUCACUACAUGCCCUCAUCAAAGAAACCGUCGCAAUCUGCAUCAACAGCUGGAAAUGCAACAGGCAAUCUCAUCUAUUUCGACGAGGAGGGUGUCGAAUGGCGUUCCAAGACAGAACAGAAUGAGAAUGAAUAUACCAGACUGCGGGUCAACGAAGAAGAUGAGGCGGAUGAGGUUCACCUGCGCACACGAUACCUGUUUGAUGAAGACAAGGCUAUGACCCCGCUCAGCCAGAUGCAAGCGACCAAGAAUAUGUUAACCGAAGCACAGCGCAUUGCCUACGUUGGUGUCUGCGCCCUCACGGUGAAAGAAAUGGUACAGAAGUACAAGACUUCUAAUAGAAAGGAGCUCAAAGCAUCUUUCCAACAUAUGGAGCUGUGGGCGAUGAAGAUCAUGGGCCGGCUUUAUUACCACAUGGAACUUGAAACUGCAGAGCAGAAGAUGAUAGACAGCCUAGCUGUGCAUGGUGUGCAAGCGAUAGAUCUUGUACCAUCGCUAAUGACAACCCAUACCGUUGCCAACCCCGAAUACGACCCUGCUGAAGCACUGCGGCAGGCUGAAACCCGAGGAUCCAGGAAAGAUACAACGAGCAGGCGGAACUCCAAAGACGACAAACUUCGACCUUCCUGCCUGGUCUCGGACGGUCGUAGUCCUCCUCAGACACCAACAUCUCCUUCUUCGAUCACUCAGAUGAGCUUUCAGACUACGGCCAAAGUUCUUAAGGGCACUGCUGUUGAUUCUGCAUCGAUGGGAGUCACUACGACGCUUUCAUCCGUUGAAAAAGACGUUACACUUGAUAUUCGGUGGACCGUACUGUGCGACCUGUUCCUUAUGCUUAUUGCGGACAGUGUCUACGACGCAAGAUCACGUGUAUUACUGGAGAGUGUUGCUUUCAAACUCGGACUUGGCUGGUUGGAUGUAGUAAAGUUUGAGGCUCGCGUGACAGAGGCGCUUGAGAUUCAAGAAGGCGUCGAGAAGAUGGAGAAUCAGGAGAUUAUUGAGGGAUCAUCAAAGGCUGCGCGAAAGAAGCGGUAUAUGAUGAUGGGUCUGGCUACACUUGGUGGUGGUCUGGUUAUCGGACUUUCUGCUGGACUUCUUGCGCCUGUCAUUGGUGCUGGACUGGGUGCAGCCUUUACCGCUGUCGGCAUAUCUGGGACAACAGGAUUUCUCGCUGGGGCCGGUGGGGCCGCUGUGAUCACAACUGGAGGAAUUUUGACUGGCUCUGGGAUCGCUGUUCAAGGAAUGGCCCGACGCACCCAACAAGUACGAACAUUUGAUGUGCUACCGCUGCAUAACAACAAGCGUGUCAGCUGCAUCCUGACCGUUCCUGGAUUCAUGACUGGCAAGCUUGAUGACGUCCGCCUACCUUUCAGUGUUUUGGAUCCCAUCGUGGGCGAUGUAUUUAGUAUACUUUGGGAGCCCGAGAUGAUUCAAGAAACCGGUAGUGCGCUAAAGAUUCUUACUGGGGAGAUUCUGUCACAAACAGUUCAGACUGUACUCCAACACACGGUGAUGACUGCCCUCAUGAGCGGACUCCAGUGGCCAAUCAUUCUCACAAAACUUGGUUACCUGAUUGAUAAUCCUUGGAAUAAUGCGCUCGACCGUGCCCGGGCAGCUGGCAGUGUUCUUGCGCAGCUCCUUAUUCACCGUCAUCUCGGCGUUCGACCUAUUACACUUAUCGGGUUCUCUCUUGGCGCACGUGUCAUUUUCUAUGCCCUCCUCGAUCUCGCCAAGGCAAAAGCUUUUGGCAUCGUGCAAGACGUUUUUCUCCUCGGAGCCACGUUAACGGCAUCAACAAGCACGUGGUGCAAUGCCCGCAGCGUCGUUUCGGGGCGCUUUGUUAACGGAUUUGCGAGACACGAUUGGGUCCUUAACUACCUCUUUCGUGCAACCAGUGGUGGUUUAAAUACGGUUGCAGGCUUGCGGCCAAUUGAGAAUGUGCCAGGUUUAGAGAAUGUUGACGUUACGGAUAAGAUUUCGGGGCAUAUGAGCUAUCGCGCAUUCAUGCCGCUCAUAUUAGACCAGCUUGGCUUCCCUGUUUCGUGUGAUUAUUUUGAUGAGCCCGUUGAACCCGAAUUCAAUGAGGAGAGGGUUGUUGUGAGAGAAGGGGACCAUACGCAGAAAAAGAAGUGGUUUUCUAGAAAGAAGAAACCGUCAGCGUCACCCACACCAGUAUCGAGGCCACCCUCGACAGCUUCUUUUGCCUCAUCGAGGCGGAAGCCCUCUUCACUAGGGAAACCAACUGAUGAUGACAAUGAACCACCUCGGGAGUUCACGGGGACUCCCCCGCCUCAGAAUAACCCUCAUUCAACACAGCCUUCCGAUGGUCAAUUACCGAGUUCUUCUACUGACAUCCCUGUUCAUGCAGGCUUCGAUCUAAAGGCCAUCAAAGAUAUGAUAGGACAAUCGGAGAAGAACCCGGAGGAUAUGCAGGUUCCUCAGCCUUCCCAAAUUCGCUCAUCCCUAGGCAUAUCAGAAUCUCCACCUGCCUACACAAUUACGCCUACAGACGUUGCCAACCCUCCGGGUUUAUCUGUGGCUGACACAUACUCGAGCGCUGGUUUAAGCGCUACGUUUGCCACGUCACUCCACAAUGUGCCUGAUUCUGGCGAUGACGUCGAUGAUGGUCAACCAAUUGUAGAUGACCGCCCUAGAUCCCCAGAUCACCUGAGCUCCCUUUCUUCAGCCACCUCUCCCCAUAACACUAUUCCUCAGAUAUCUUUUGGUAGAAAUGAGACAUCAAUAUGGUCUCCUCCGUUACCAGAGAAAACUUCUCCAUUUGGAAAUCCCUUUGCGACUGGCGCGGUCUCGUUUCAAAAUUCCAGUCGAUCGACGAAUGACCUACCUCCAGCAGCUGGUCCCUCAGCAUCGCUUUCAUUUGGUGGAACAGAUGGGACGAUAACUUCGCAGGGUAUAGGGCGAGAUCCAUGGAGUAUUGUUGACCCGAAGAAAACUCCCAAUUAUCUGGCCAACCCUUGGUCAACUUGAGAGUGUUGGCGCAAGGUGUGGUCAUUGUCGGACACAGGCAUGCCCACUACAUACAUCUAUGGGAUUUUAUGCACACAGUAACAUAAUCUGGAUCUUCUCAAGGUUUGCACAUAUGUAGAAACGACAGCACACUUCACGGCUCUCCGACUUCUCUGUUGAAUCACUGAUCAGAUCGAUAAGUUCAAGCACGUCGCCAGCUGCCGGCCCGGGGGCGGCUAGGCCUUAGCACUGGAUCUGAAAUAGCGAGAUCAGCGAACCACUGAGAUGCGCU